CGCAAUCAAACGCACUCUCAUGACUUCCCCCCAGAAAGAGAGCCCAAAGGUGCUCGAGGGCGUCUUUGGUCAGUCUCUCUUAGUACCAGCGAGUCACAAUUGCAUCUUCUGACACGCGCCCAGCAAUAAAUAAACCAAAAUGGUCUUCGUCCGCCGGUGUCCUCCGCGACCUUCAACGCCACUUUGCCAGCUCCUCCCUCUUCACACCAUGGCUCGAAUCCCAGAAGCGCGCAAUGCUCCUCUCCAACUCGAAACCCAAGCACAUCAACAACCUCAAAGUCAAGCUCGGUCACGGCGGCACCCUCGACCCAAUGGCGACUGGCGUUCUGAUCGUGGGUGUGGGCAAGGGCACAAAACACUUGGGCACGUUUUUAGAGUGCACUAAGAGCUAUGAGUGCGUGGUCCUGUUUGGCGCAGCCACAGAUAGCUAUGAUGCAGUAGGGAAGGUGGUCAGCAAGGCACCGUACGAACACGUUACCCGCGAACUCGUGGAAGAGAGGCUCGCACAGUUUCGCGGCAAGAUCAUGCAGAAACCCAGCGUGUUCUCCGCGCUGAAAGUCGACGGGAAGAAAAUGUACGAGUACGCGCGAGAAGGCAAGAACAUCCCCGAAGUAGCCGCGCGGCCCGUAGAAGUACAGGAACUGGAACUUGUCGAAUGGUUGGAGCCAGGUAGUCAUGAGUUUGCGUGGCCGAAAGAGGAGUUGGACGGAACGGAAAUGGCAGGCGCAGAGAAGUUGUUAGGGAUUAGGAAAGAGGAUGUGGAUGUGCAUAUGGAGACUGCGGCGAGGAAGACCAGGAAGAGGUCGCGGACACCGGAGGAUGAUCAUGUCGAGGGUGCGGGUGAGCAGCCCAAGAGGCCGAGGACCGAGACUGAACCCGCUAUGUCGGGCGCGUUACCUUCAAAAGAUACGCCAACUGACUCAGCGGAAGUUGCUGUUGGGGAGCAACCAGCCGAAAACACUACAACUGGGCUGGAGACAAAGCCAACACCCUCCACAGAAGAUAGGCCAACCGAAACAGUCGAAGAAGUAGCCCCCAUCGCCGCUACUGAGACUGCUGCAGACGUGUCGAAUCCUGAUCAAACAAACGACGCCUCAUCCACAUCUACAACUACACCAAUCCCCCAACCUCCAGCAGUCCGCCUUCGCAUGACCGUAACAUCUGGUUUCUACGUCCGAAGUCUCUGCCAUGACCUUGGCCUGGCCUGCUCCUCCCUCGGCCUCAUGUCCUCGCUCAUCCGCUCGCGGCAAGGUGACUACUCCCUGAACCCCACUUCCACCCAAUCCAAUGUUCUAGAAUGGUCUGACCUCGAAGCUGGCCCCGAGACGUGGGAGCCAGUAGUGAAGCGGCAAUUGGAGCGGUUUAUGGAAAAGGAAGGAUGGGAGGCCGAGGAGUUGGAAGAUGACGAGACGUUCCAGGCGAAGAGGAAAGAGGGUGAUAGGGAUAGGAGUUAUAAGGGGGGUGGCAAGGGAAAGGGAAGAUGGAACGGCAAUGGCGGGAGAAACUACUAUGACAAGAAGAUGAAUGGCGGGCGGGAUGGCGAGCGUCGGGACAGGCGAGGCGACUGAGUCAAAGACUUUCAGAAGCAUUCAAGAUACCCCAUAGCAAGCAUGAGUCAACUAGCUAUACAGAGACU